ACGGAUUCAAGUAUGGAGGCAUCAUCCCCACCAUCAGAUCCUUUCUUCGCGAUCGUUGGUUACGCUAAAGUGACAUCCUAGCUUGGCACUCGGCAGUUGAAUUUCGAAACUCGACUGUGGUGGAUCGAGACGUCUCUCGUUUAUCGUUAUUCGCGAUCUUUCGUCUUCCAUCUUCUCGUAAAAAAGUUGCGUGUACGCGAUUUUGUCAGUUUUCUUUCUUAUUCGUUUCUUAUCGUAAUUUCUGUUUAUUGUUCGCGAUGCAUGUCUCGCUCAUGCAAAAACUUCCGAUGCCACAGGUGUCGAACUUCUUUUAUCCGUUCAACACUAGCCUCGAAGAAGAGAUCAAGAGAUUAUUUGUCAAUUUUUCGAUCGAGACAGAAAACACAUCUGUUCCAAAUGUCGAAGAUGUAAUGGAGGAGUUCCGUCAUAAUGGACGUGAUUUUGAAUAUUGUCCAGAUCUGGACAAUGUUACAAUGCCAGAAACGACACCACGCCGCAAGAAAAAUAAGAAACCUUUGCCUACAGAAUGCGUUUUCUGUAGAAAUAAUGGCGAAGAGGAGGCUUAUUACCGUAAACACUUGCUGAAAGAUGCUGAUGGUCGCGUGUCCUGUCCAGUUUUAAGGGCUUAUACAUGUCCAAUUUGCGGUGCGUGUGGAGACAUAGCUCAUACCGUCAAGUAUUGUCCAAAAGGCACCAAAAACCCUGGUACAUUGGCAACAGUAAAUGCGUUCAAACUAUUGAGAAACUCUAUGGGCAAACGACGCGUCAAAUAAAAUACCGUGGCACUCGAGCACGUGUCACCAUUCUUGUGCCAUAAAACAUCAAAAGUAUAUCUUCUUUUCAAGGAUUUCGAAGAAGUGGUGCCUCCAUCCUUAACAACUCUCGCGAGCGUUUCGGUAUCAUCUGCUGGCAGGUAAUUUUACCGUCGUCGCAUCUUUUCAAAUAUAAACGAACCAAAGUGCCUUACAGGAAUGUACAUUAAAUUCCUAGUAACGAUUUCUCGAAACAAUGUUACCAUUCGUUGCUCGGUUGCCAUUGGAUCUUACGAAAUUCAUCUUAUCGAUUAAGCAAAAGAGAAAACAGUUUAUUCUACAUUUCAUUUACUUUGUCUUUAUUUUCUGUUCUUACAUCAUUUAUUUAUUUCGGUUUGGACAAUACGAUAUUUAGUGAAAAAGAAAUAUAAAGUAAAUCACUGAAGCUCGGAGGCAAACUAUGAAAAAGAUUAUUAUUCGAAUCGUAAUAUGAAUCGUCUAGAGUUUAGAUAAUCAAGAGGCUGUAUCCAAAGACAUUUUAGUCAUAAGAAAUUAUUUAUACAAAACGGUGCCAUAUACUCUCGUCAAACGUGUCAUUUUUCUAUAAAGUUUCCUUUGCGA